AUGCAGGCGAACCACUCCGAUAUGCACACCGACAUGCCGACCUCUUCCGAAGAGCAUGCGUCGUUACAUCCAACACAAGAUACACACCUCGGCAAUGCUGAUCCGCCUGCGCAUGCAGAUCAGCAGAGCGACCUCCCCUCGCAUGAGACCAUCCUCUCCUCGAAGCUCGCGGCCGAGAUCUACGCCGAGCGAUGCCUCAAGGCUGGGCAUGCAACCGUCGAGAGCGCCUUCGUUGCCAGCAAGUACGGCACUAGCCCCAAGACCGAGGCGCUGGGGCAGAAGGGGGGGGGAGGGGGCAGCAGCGAGGACAGGAAGUCGAGCGAGGGGGGGGAGCCCAAGGACCCUUUCUCCGACUCGGGGUCGAGCGCGAGCUGUCCGUCGGCGUCCUCGGCGGGGGAGAAGAGCAGAGCGCUGGAGCAGCAGGAGGAUGAAGAUGAGGGGAGGGAUGCGAUGUCAGAUGAGACAGAAGACACGUGGCCUGGGGAGAGGAAGCACGGACGCGAGAGCACGUCCAAGACGUCCAGCGGGGGGGAAGUCAGGGCGGUGAUUGACCGCCGAACAGCAGGGGAGAUAGCAUCGCUGCUGCACCAGAUGAUGGAGCAGCAGGAGCAGAUCAUGGCGCAGCAGCGGCAGAUCCUAGAGAGGGGUAUCCAGCCCGGAGUGGAAGGAAUGAUUGGAGCGGUGCUCAUGACUUUUUGCGAGCUGAUUGCCAAGAUGGAGGCAUGGGGCGAAGGGCUGGAGUUGGUGGAGGAAGCAGAAGCAGAAGCCAAAGCUCACGGAAAGGGACGCCACCUUGGGGCGAUGGCAGCAGUAGUGUCGCAAUGA